CUUCGAUCUAUCUGCCUAUCUCCACGCUACAGCGGUAUAUUUUGUAGCAGAAAAGUCGCACAAAUAUCUUUUUAUUUUCCAUGGCUGAAAACCUAACCAGAAACCAAUAGGAAAGCCUUCAUGUGCAAAGCCGUAAAUGGCUUCCAUGUCGGCCUACUUCGCUGUUGCCCCCAAGCCUCGCUCUCUGGGCAUCUCUUCUAAGCCCUAUAAUCCCUAUCAAUUCCACUACUUUUCCCCCUUGCCAUCCCGGAUUGUUCCUGAACGCACAAAAUUUCGCUGUCCCAACACCUCUAUAUCUUUGAUUAGGGCUAGCAGUAGUGUCGAAGAUGUCGCGACGGCGUCGACAGUUAGGCCCGGCGGUGCUGUGGAGAGCGAUAAAUUACCGUCCGACGUACGGAAUCGAGCGAUGGACGCCAUUGAUUCCAGUGGGAGGAGAGUAACCAUUGGAGACGUGGCUAGCAAGGCUGGGCUCAAGUUGAAUGAAGCACAAAAGGCACUCCAGGCACUGGCAGCUGAUACCGGUGGCUUCUUAGAGGUGUCGGAUGAAGGUGAUGUUUUGUAUGUUUUUCCCAAGGAUUAUCGAACAAACCUUGCUGCCAAAUCAUUUAGGAUAAAAUUUGAACCAUUGUUGGAAAAGGGAAAGAUGGCCGCCGAGUAUUUAGUGAGAGUUUCCUUUGGGACAGCUUUGAUUGCAUCCAUCGUCAUUGUAUAUACCACCAUAAUUGCUAUUGCCUCCAGCAGCCGUGAGUCCGACAGUCGUGGCAGACGAGGAAGAUCUUAUGACAGUGGCUUUAACUUUUACUUCAGUCCAACUGAUUUGUUCUGGUAUUGGGAUCCUUAUUAUUAUCGAAGACGAAGAGUUAAAGAUGCUGAUGGUGGAAUGAACUUCAUUGAAUCUGUUUUUUCCUUUGUAUUCGGGGAUGGUGAUCCCAAUCAAGGGAUUGAAGAAGAGAGGUGGAAGUUGAUCGGACAGUACAUAGCUUCAAAUGGUGGAGUUGUCACGGCUGAAGAACUUGCUCCAUAUCUUGACUUGGAGACUUCUGGAAAAAUGGAUGAUGACUCGUACAUCCUACCAGUACUACUGCGAUUUGAGGGCCAGCCUGAAGUAGAUGAAGAGGGGAAUAUUUUGUACCGUUUUCCAUCACUGCAACGUACUGCAUCUCCACAGAGGAGUGGGAAGAAAGAAUAUGUAGGUAGAAGAUGGUCCGAUUGGGUUGGAGAAGUUCAGAAGUUCUUUAAGGAAAAGAAAUGGCAAUUUAGCAAAACUAGUGCUUCAGAAAGGGCAAUGGUGAUUGGUCUCGGGGGACUUAAUCUGUUUGGAGUUAUAAUUCUUGGCACCAUGUUAAAGAAUAUGACCACCAGUCCAAGUGGAUUCAUAUCAUUUGUGUCCGACAUAUUUCCCCUGCUUCAGAUCUAUGCAGGAUCUUUCUUUGCAAUCCCAUUAAUUCGAUGGUUUUUCAUUCAAAACACGAAUGCUAAAAUUGCCAAGAGGAAUCUAGCCAGGGAGCAAGUUGCCAAGGUGCUCGAAUCGCCAGAUCUUUCUCUGAGGCGUAAGCUUCUAAGUGCCCGGGACAUGGCUCAGAGGACAUUCAUCAGCAAGGAUAAAAUUGUGUACAGUACCGAAAAGGAUUUGUACGAGCAGGACUACGACACUCGAGAAUGGGAUCAAAGAUUCAAAGAGCUCGAAAAAACUGAAUAAUUAUUGCCUUUACUCUAUUGUGUAUUCAUAAGGAUGCAAUAACCUUACUGCCUGAACUCUCUUUUUGUAGUAAAAAACAACUUGAUAUUCUCGAAUAUAAAUUGCUUUUUGAGAA